UGACUCAGAGUGCUCUCCAGCAGCCAGCGGCCGACAAACGGCGAACGGAAGCGUCUAAACUGCUUCCCGUUGGAUGUUUAUGUAGAAAAGAGACACUUUCUGAAACAAUCUUAAUCGUUUUUGUUACUUAUUGAGUUAUGGACAUCCUCAAAGCAGAGAUCGCGAGGAAAAGAAAACACAUAGAGGAGAAAGAGCUGGUCGAUGACUCAAAGAAAUACUUUAAACGGGCUGACCUCGCGCGUAAGGAAGAGGAGGAGUAUUACAGGAGAUGUGGAUACAAGCUGCCACGGACCCCCGAAUAUGAACGUCCUAAAAUUUUAAAGGCAACUACAACUAUAUUUUCAUGUAUAAAGACCCAAUUGAUGCACUCUGUGUACACGCAGGCAAAUGAUGCUUAUCUGCAAAUGGCUAUAGGAAAUGCUCCAUGGCCCAUCGGUGUGACUAUGGUGGGUAUCCACGCUCGUACUGGACGUGAGAAGAUCUUCUCCAAACACGUCGCCCAUGUGCUCAACGACGAGACCCAGAGGAAGUACAUUCAGGGGCUGAAGAGAUUGAUGACAAUCUGUCAGAAACAUUUCCCAACGGAUCCCUCAAAGUGUGUGGAGUACAACGCUCUGUGACGUACUAAUCACAGCAUUCAAAGUCAUGUCCUGUCAUAUUGAAUAAUGUAUGGCUGUCAAUCAUUCUCUCAUGUUGUAAAUAAAUGAUUUACUGUAA